AUUGGAUUCUGGCUCAAGGAAGAAGCAGCUUUCUGGGCAAUGUCGCAUGCCUGGGCGCAGAGAGGCCGCUGUUCGCAACGAGAGGGCCAGCUCUACCGCACAUGCAGCUUCAGGGCCUGCAUUGCAGCUAUUCAUUUGAAAUUGCUGCGUGCUUGACCGUGCUUCUAGUAGCUAGUAAGGGUCCUGUUUUGCGGCAGCGUUUUGUCUCCUUGCAAGGCGAGAUGGCCGGUCUUCCGUUGACAGAUCUGUGCCUCGAGCACAUCGCUUCCCACCUGCCUGCAUUUGCUCCGGACUUACCCACACUUCCUCUAGACCUUGCGGAGCGCCUCUUCAAGCACGUUGUCUCUAGCCACCCCCGCCUUCGGCCUCAGCCUCCUUCCGGGAAAGAUAGGUAUGCAGUCUUGAGCGGUGGCCCCCCCUCGACCCUUCUCAACCUUCAUAUCCUAGCUGACCUCUUCUGGCAGCCUUGGGAGAUCAAACUAGGGUUCAGUAACAAUCUCUCCAAGUAUAGCCUACUGCCGCUCUUCUCAGAGUCCCUGGUCCGGCUUGACCUGUCGGCAAGUGGCAGGCUAGAGGACCUGUCCUUCCUAUCAAGCCUGCAAAAGCUGCAGUGCCUCAACCUCAGCCGGAGCUUAGUCAAGCUUGACAAUCAGCAGGUGUCACAUAUUGCGAGCAUACCUAGUCUGCGGUGCCUUAGCCUUCAGUACGCCCAGUUUACCGCCGAGCCCCAGCUGCAGAAGGAGACAGUUGAGCAACUUCUUGCAGGCCUCCCCAGCCUCCGUGCUCUGGACAUCUCCGGCAUCCCCUCUGUCGAUGACUCUACCAUCAACAUCCUCACGUAUGGACACCAGUACGCCCGUUGGCAAGCAAGCGUCCAACAGGCCUACGAGUGGAGAGCGGCGCGGCGACGACCGCUGUUUGGACACACCUUGGAUGCUGCAGACAGCCUGGAUGUGUGGUCGGACGGCCUGGGCCUGCAGUACCCCCUCACCGCCUUGGUGUACCUGCGGGUCGCGGAGUGCGAAGGCGUCACCGACAAAGUGGUGGAGUAUUUAUCUGCGCUUCCUGAGAUUGCCUUCCUGGACCUGCGUUCCACGCCCCACUGCCGGGGCUCCUCGCUCAUCACUCUCAAAGCGAGGCAUGGCCUCACUUCAAUGCCAAACAACUCGAAGCUCCUCUUUCGGUCAAACGCCACUGUCAAGGCCGCCUUAAAUGGGUGUUGCGGCUGCCGGGCGCUCGCAAGUGGAGGAGUCCACAUCCUGGAGAAUGAACCGAGGGGCGUUUCGGAUGCUCUCUCCUUUGAGCAUCCAGUCAGGGACUCAAAGGGACAGAGACGGUGGGAGGAAGAAGGUCUUAGCUUAUUGUUUGAGGCAUAGCUCGCUUGAGUCUCAAGCAGCAUGUACAUAGUAAAAGCACUCCACCUCGAAGAGGGUCGUUUGUGGAAGCAAUGACAGGCACUUGACCUCAUGAAGUGAUGGAGGCUGUGGCCGCCGCCACAAAAUGUAUAUCAGUGCCCUUAGAACCCUGUUGCACAGCAGUUUGUACCAUAUUUUGGCAAGAGUAUCCUAUUCUGAUGGUGCAAAUGACCACAAUUGGCGCUCGAUUACGGGGAGGGUGUCAUGCACGUAGCCUACUUCCUUUGAGCAUCCGGUCAGGGACUCAAAGAGACAGAGACGUUGGGAGGAAGAAGGCCUUAGCUUAUUGUUUGAGGCAUA